AUGAGUAACACGGCACAACGUUUAAAGUCGAGAGGAACCUCCUUCCUCAGACAAGUCAAGGAUAUUGGUAACAUUGCUGUUUCAUCUUUUGAUGAUAUCAAAAUGAGUAUGGCAAAGGCUACGAAUCAAGAUCCUGUUCCACCAAAGGAAAAACAUGUAAAGAAAUUAAUUCUCGCAACUGAAACUAACAGAGAACUAAAUAUGGUUGAAUUCGCAAAAGCAAUUUGUAGAAUUUACAGAAAAAGCAGUGACUGGCUAACGGCUUCUAAGGGAUUGCAGCUACUGCAUCGUAUUGUUCAAGAGGGCUCUACAGAAUUUUGUGAUGCAAUCGUUCAAAACGAUCCUGAGAAGCGUUUCAACAUGUCCAAAUUUAAGGACAGACAUACAAGUGAGGCUAUGGAUCAAUCCCCACUCGUAAAACAAUACUGUAGAUAUCUUGAGGAAAGAUUGAUUCUGUAUCGUAUUUAUCAACUCAAGUCGUUACUUCCUGAUAUGACAUUGGAUGCAUAUGUGUCAUCAAACGACAUGAAAGGAUGGUUGGACCUGACUGAAAGUUUGCUUAGAACUACAAAUGAGCUCCUUGAAUGUUAUGAAAUUGUGAAAGGAAAGAAAUCUAUUCUCGAGAAUGGAGCAGCUGUUGGAUGUUUCACUUUGUGUUUAGAUGAUAGCUUCGUUCUUUACAAGUUGUUGAGCGAUUGUGCAACCAAAAUUUUAGAUGAUUUCUACAAGAUUCCAUUAACCCUUGCUAAGAGAGGUCUCGAAGUUUAUGAGAAAUAUUGUGAUUCAGCCAAACGUUUGGAAAGCAUGUUCGAAUUUAGCAAAAAUGUAAAUCAAAUCUUCCUCAAGUCCAAACCACCUUCCUUAAAAUUCAAACCUGAAAGUGUUUUAGAACCAAUGAGAGAAUAUGUGGAAUCACAAGGUGGUACAAAGAGAAGGCUUAUUGACCAUGGAGAAGUCCCAACAACUGAUCUUUCGAGCAUCUUGUCGAAGAAUGAAUUAGAAAUGAUCAAACUGUCAACAGCAAAUGAAGAAGAUACCACUUCCUCAACAUCUAAACCUCGCUCUUCGAGUGUCAAGAAAAAUCCUUUCGGGUUGGAUGAACCACCAAAACAAACACCCAAGACAUCUCCUCGCAGAGGUAGUACUAAUACGAAUACUGCAACCACAAGUACCUCCAAUAACAAUGCUCCUGUGAGUUUGGAUGACUUACUUUCGUUUGAUACACCUCAAGCCAAUAAUCAACAACCAGCAAACAAUGGCAAUGCUUUUAACAAUAACAUCAAUCAGCCAAAUCGUCAAAAUGUCACUCAAAACAUCCUAAGUCAAUUUGACAACAAUAACAUGUAUUAUGGAGGUAAUAACUAUGGUGGAUAUGGAGGUGUUAAUAAUCAAUAUGGUGGAGUUGGAUUUUCAAACAAUCCCUAUGGAAAUAAUCCCUAUGGAAACAACCCAUACCAAAACAACCCUUAUGCCAACAACAGUAUGCCUUCUUACAAUAAUAACAUGCCCUAUGCAAAUAAUCCUUACCAAAACAAUCCUUAUGCCAACAACAACAUGCAAUAUCCAAACAACAACACCAAUCCUUACUCUCAACCACCUCGAGGCAACAACACUGGCAACAAUUUUUACUGA